CUCUCUCUCUCUAAACCAUCCGGGUUUUAAAAAACAGUUGCUUGAAUCUGAAGUUUGGAACAAGAAGAAGAAGAAGAAGAAGAACAAGUGUUCUUUCUUGGAGAUCCAAAUGGGGAUGAAUGAUCAGAGAGUUGAAGCUGUUCUUCAGCUUCUUCGUAAACAAGCUCCACUCUCACUCAAACAGGACAAGUUCUGUAAUCCUGCUUGUGUCCAGCGGUUUCUCAAGGCCAAAGGAGACAACGUGAAGAAAGCUGCGAAGAGCUUGAGGGCUUGCCUUUCUUGGAGGGAUAGCAUCGGCAUCUAUCAUCUAAUUGCCGAUGAAUUCUCCGCUGAGCUUGCCGAUGGUGUUGCUUACGUGGCUGGUCACGACGAAGAAUCUCGCCCCGUCUUGAUUUUUCGAAUAAAGCAGGAUUAUCAGAAAUUCCAUUCCCAGAAGCGGUUCACUCGUCUGGUAGUAUUCACGCUAGAGGUCGCAAUCGGGACCAUGACAAAGAACAUGGAUCAAAUGAUCAUUCUUUUCGACGCAAGCUUUUACAGGUCGGCUUCGGCUUUUAUCAACUUACUUCUGCCCAUGUUGAAGAUCGUGGCUGAUUUUUAUCCUCGCCGCCUUCAUUCCGCUUUUGUUAUCGACCCACCUUCGCUCUUUACAUAUCUUUGGAAG